AUGCAACCCACACGAGCCCGCAUGGGCCCGCCCAAAUAUGCGCCGCACCCAAACCACCCCAUCCACAUUCACCCGGUCCGACCGCUAUACCGAUUCAUGGCUACUGGCCUCGGCGCAUCCAUGUGGUUCUUCUUGAUGUACCGCGCGAAGAAGGACGGACCAGCGCUCCUCGGCUGGAAGCACCCAUGGGACCACUGA